CUUGACACUUCGUUUCUCAGGAGAGUCUCCAAUGAGAAGGUACCCCUCACUCCCCUCCCCACCCACCACACUGCAGAAACAGUUGGUGGUGUGCCCGAUGCCAACUGGCAGAACUCUGCCAUGCAACAGAGCGUUUAUGACGCUGCUCUUCCCGUUGGAGGUGCGGCCGAAGAAGGCCACCUUCAUUCUGUCUCUGCUCAGAACUUUCUGAAUCUCCUGGGUCCGCUGCACGAGACUGGACACGCCCCCUCCGUCCGAGCCCAGCUGGGCGGCUUGCAGGAAUGACUGACUCUCGGCCAGCCGCUCGCUGAGGUGCUGGAACGCUCGUCUGAUGGCAUCCUUCGCCUGAGCGAACCUCUUCAACGGCGACGAGGGAUCACGUGCCUCUCUGGCUCCGUUCCCGGAGGCGGGCUGGCUGCUAAUGGUCAGAGACCGGUUGAGCUUUGCCCUGUGCCCCUUCCCCUCGUCCUGACUCAGCCUCCUCUCCUGCCUCCCGCCGUACCCGGCUCCUGGAGACUCCACAGAGGCCUGCUUGUCCAGCCAGCGACUCAUGCUGUGAGGUCAAGAGUUCAGCCACGCCCACAUGUAUCAGCUCCGCCCCCGUGAAAGUAAUAGAGAAUUAGAAUGGAAGAUGAGCAAAGGCGAGCUCUGGUGGCUGCAGCUGUCGGAGCAAGAGAGAAAGCAUAUGCAAAAUACAGCGAUUUCCCCGUUGGCGCCGCUCUCCUCUGUCGGGACGGUAGCAUUGUCACAGGCUGUAACGUGGAGAAUGCAGUGUACCCUCUGGGUCUGUGUGCGGAGAGAACGGCGGUCGUCAAGGCUGUGAGCGAAGGCCACAGAGAAUUCACUGCCGUUGCUGUCGUGACGAAAUCUCCGUCGUGUGCAUCUCCGUGUGGAUCCUGUCGCCAGGUGUUGAGUGAGUUCAGCAGUGACGGUUCUCUGGAGGUGGUGAUGGCUCGCUCUGAUGGCCAGCACUACAAGGUGAUGACUCUUUCACAACUGCUACCCUGUUCCUUCAGCAAUGAAGAAUUGGAAAAGGCGAAAACCUAA